AUGACGGCCGGGCGGCUGAAGGGAUUCCCACAGAGCAUCUCAGACCUCCGUCUUCCUGGGGCACUUUGGCAGCGCAGAUCCGCUGGGCCUGAUCGGGGCUCCCGGGUCAGGAUGGAGCUGCUGUGGACUCACCAGGCUUUACUUACGGCAAAAGGCAACGAACUUCGGAUUUCAAAACAGAGGCAGAUUCCCCGAGAGGUUUCCCAGGGGCCAGAACCAGAGAGAAAGCGAAUUAGCCACUUCACUUGCAGCUGGCUGCCGUUAGAAGACACGGAGGGGGAGUACUGGAGGCACCUGGGAACGAAUGGCCGUCAGAGGCAGAGGGACUCUUAUCAGAGACUGAAGAAGAACGCUCAGGGUCUACCAGCGGAGCAGCCUUCGCACCUCUUCUCCGAGGUGUUUUUUUGCCAGAAGGACUCCCCGCUUUACGGCCUGGCCCAGACGCUGGACAACAACCUGCUCUUCCAGUUCAACUUCCCGGCCAGCCGCUGGGACUCCCGCCUCCCCGAGCUCCAGCCGGCGGUGCAGAACCGGACAACCGAGCAGCAGAUCGCGGCGAUGAAGACAAUCUGUGACACUGUGCUGCCCGUCCUCACCAAGUUUUCAGACAAAUACAUCCAGAUUCAGAUCCCCGAGGCCAGAGGAAUCCCCCACGUGGAGGUCUUCACCCUUCAGCCCCUCCAGCUGGGCCAGCCCAACAUCCUGGUCUGUUCUGUGAGAAACAUCUUCCCUCCCGUGGCCAAGAUCAGCUGGGCCUUCCACGACCAGGUGCUGACCCCAGGUGUCUCCUCCACCCAAGUCUAUCCCAUCCAAGGGCUGGACUUCCAGAUAUUCUCCUACUUGGAGGUGACUCCCCAGGCGGAUGACGUCUACAGCUGCACCGUUAAGGGCCCAGGGGACAAGUUCGACAGCAUGGCCUACUGGGUCCCCAAAGACCCCAUCGCCUCGAAGCUCCUGGAGAACUUCCUGUUUGGCUCAGCGAUUGCAGUGGGAGGGGUCUUCAUGAUCCUGGGGCUCACCCUGGGGCUUCUCUCUCUCCAGGCCGUGAGCAGAGACUGAACUUGCCCCCCAACCUGAGGAAGACCCUGGCAAGAAGUUCCCGUUUCCUCCCCCAUCCAUGGAUUGGCAGGAGCCCGGAAGCCCAGCUGGGAAGACCCCCCCCAAUCAUUGGCGUUCCCCCUCCCCUCCCCAAACUGAGCAGGGAAAGUCAUUUUCCCCAGUGGCGGGGCGGGGGGCGAGGAGGCGGCUGUUUCAUUCUCUGGUGCUCAGUCCCACGGAGCGGAACAGGAUUUGUCCCUGGAAAGGGGAGGGGCUGGAGAGGAGUCCGACCCCUGGCACCCGCUGCCCCUCCUCCCUUCCGGAGGCAUCUUCUGCUGGUGCCUCAUUGCCACCAGGUGGAUUUAUUUCACCCCAAGGCACCGCUGGGUGCAACUGCUGGCAGCCCCAGAAGAGAGAGUUCACUCGGUUAUUUUAACGUGUAGCCAAAACCCUAACCCUCACCCUGGAGGAACCGCAGCGGUUCCCGCCGUGCUUCAGCACAGAAGCAACCCCAGGUCCGAAUCCCACCUCCUUCCCUGGGAGGGGAUCCCACCGAAGUCAACGAGCACCUUGGACUUGCUGCCUCUGGUUGCCCAGGGUCCGGCAGAGAAGUGAAACGGGGGGGGAGGGGGGAACAAAUCUUUAUUGCCAACAACGGGCAGAGUAUAUGCACUCGUGUAAAGGCGCUUAAAAGGAACUAAUAUAUCCGCGUAAAAUGGUAACAUAGUAGAAGGAAUCUAAGAGACGAAUUACUAGGCUGCAAGCAGUGUUAGAGAGAUGCCUGUAAAAUGGCUUAACUGCAGAGGUUCUCCAAGGUCCUUAAUGCUAAUUCAAUUAUUAAAAGUUUAAAGCGCGUACAGGAUGUGCCAAA